AGACGCCGUGCCGCCGCGCUGACCAAUGAGCGCGCAGCUCGCCGCCAUCAGGACUGGUGCAAAUUGGGGCCGUGUUUUCGGUGUCUAGACACUCAACAGCAGUUGCAAGCGGUUCGCGGCCAGCACCUUGGCGGAUUCGUGCCUCUUGUAGUCGGAUUCGGGCCCAACAUCUCUGGAUUUUGGCACCCAUCGAUGCCUUAGGAAGUUGCCUGCCCGGGUCUGUGUCAGUUCUGCGGAUUGGCGUUCUCGAUCGCGCGCGCGAGCGGAGUUUCUGCGGGGUACCUAGCGGAGACAGAGAGCGAGUCGUCCCCUGCUUGGGUGGGCACCCACCGUGGAAGCGGUCUUGCUCUUUCGACUUGGAAGGUACGGUAGUUUCCUCGGGUUGGACGUCGCCGUGUGGCCGCAGUCGUGCCUCGGAUGUCCCUAUGCGUGUUGCUCGGGGUGCUGUGGCCCUCCUGACCGCAUGUUCCGGUCGCGAAGAUCGGGCCUAGUCCGGCGGUUGUGGCGAGCUCGGGUGCAGGUCCGAAGGUCCGCCGAUGGGGAGGGCGAGGACGAGUCGAGCGGUUCCGGCUCCGAGAUCGGCGGCUCAACUUGCGGCCAGGCCGCCGACUCCGACCCUGCCAGACCGUGCGGCGGUGGAGGCAGACAUCCCGACGACGACCCCGAGCUCAAGUCGGUAACUUUCUCGGUCCUGAAAAGGCUGAAGGAGCGGCAACUUGAGUUGCUCGUGCAGGCCGUCGAGUCUAGGGGAGGGCUGGAGUCGGGGUGUGUGCACUUCCCCAGGCCCGACGUAAGAAUCGGGCGCAGAACCGUCGCUCCACACGUGCUAACCUGCCUGUUGUGGAGGUGGCCAGACCUACAACAGCCUCACCAACUUAAAACCCUCAUUUGCUGCCAAAGUUACGGACAACAAGACGGGGAUUCCGGACCUACGGUUUGCUGUAACCCCUACCACUACACAAGACUGUGCGGACCAGAGAGUCCGCCGCCGCCGUAUUCAAGAUAUCCGUUGGAAAGACUCAGGACACUCAGUCCAGAAGAAUCCGUAAAUUCUAGUACAGAAACUGGUGCCUCACCGUCCCUCUACCCCCCUCCCCCUUCAACUUCCGACCUCAGCGACUUGCCAGGAUCGGGCAGGAAGCGGUCCCACUGGUGUUCCAUCGCCUACUGGGAACACAGGACUCGAGUUGGCCGGCUCUUUGCCGUUUACGACGCCAGCGUCAAUAUCUUCCACGAACUACCUCACGGCGACGGCUUCUGUCUCGGACUGCUCACCAGCGGCGAAUCCCACGAACGAGAAAACGUGGUCAGAACUCGAAAAAAGAUCGGCUACGGGUUGACGCUGUCGAAGGAACCGGACGGCGUCUGGGCGUACAACCGGAGCGGCCACGCCAUCUUCGUGAACUCGCCCACGCUGGACGUUCCCAACUCCAGGACUUUGAUCGUGCGCAAGAUUCCGCCCGGAUUCAGCAUCAAGAUUUUCGACUACGAGAGGUCGGAAAUGUUGCAAAGAACUUCGAACUCUGACCUCCUGGACGGGCCGUACGACCCCAACUCGGUUCGGAUCAGCUUCGCUAAGGGCUGGGGCCCUUCUUACUCCAGACAGUUCAUCACUUCAUGUCCAUGCUGGGUAGAAGUCCUACUCAACAUCAAUCGAUGAUAAUUGUAUAGCCCUCUAGAUCUAAUAUAAUAUUUUAUAUACUAUAUAUUAUAUAAAAAGUGUAAAGAAAAGACGGAAGCCCUUUUGUAUAUGUAAUUAUUUAUGUAUGGUGCAAUGUUUACAUAAAGAGAAGAGAGAGAAACGCACUUUGCUUACCUGAUGCCUGGAGAAGAGAACCGGCCCGUACAGUACUAGGAAGGAGAGAGAGAAAAAAAGGUUAGUUUUUAUGCCGAGAGUUGUACAGAUCUGUUGGUACAAGCCUGGUCAACAUGGCCAGCAACAGUCACAACCAUCCAAACAAUAAAGUCAUGGUUUGUGAGAACGAUA